AAAAGGAAAAAGUCAAAUAGCUCUGAGUUUUCCUUCGAUGUGGGACGGAAAGUGGUUUCUGCUCGGGUGUUUGCCGUGUCAUCAAUAGUUUUGCGUUUUUGGAUCGUAUAAUAAUCCAUGGCGGAAAAAGUGAUCAGUUACACAAUUAUAACUACGUGAUAGUAGCAAUCGCCAGAAAAGUUUUCGCAUUUCCGUAGUACGAGUGUUCGUAGUGCUUGGAUUAUUCGUCUUCUAGCCUCGGUCACUGUUUAUUAACAGGGAUUUUCGAAACCUAAGAUCGAGAAAAAUAUACGUUGUUCUUUAUUGACAAUCGCACAGCUGUCUAGCAGUGUAGAAUCAUUCCGGAUCAAUUUCAGAAAGGGCUGGGCUCUGAGUUACUUGCUUCCAAAUUCGUCGUUACUGAGACUGACAUUUAUUAACUAGUACAUGUUGUGAACUGUGGAAGGUUAACAGACCAGUGUCAGAUUUGUUUUGUGAGUAAAGAAAAUCGAAAAACCCCGAUUGGAUAAUUUACUUUAACAGUGCAGCAGCAUCAGUGCUUCAUUUUACACAAUACUGCUCCAGAAUAUAAAUGAUAUUGACCAAAUAUAAAAAGCAGAGAACGAUCCAAAACGCAGACACAUCGCCCUCGGUAGUUCGACGGCAAACUCCUGUAAACCAUUUCCGGCAUCCCACCUAGCAGAGUAAGAGUGAAUCUUCCGAUCAAAAUCAAAAUAAAGUGCAAACAGAUACGGGCGAACAGAAAAAAAGAGUGUGGAAAUCAUCUUGCAAACCGCAUGUGAGUGUGAGGAAAAGUUCUGAUUGAAAUUGCAAGCAAACAAAGCUCUGUAUUUUCAACAGUGUCGUUACCGAAGUUUUACAGUGAACUAGAAAUUGCAACGCGUAUCUGAGACGAGCGAAAAAUCCGGAUUCCAUUCAAAAAGAUAUUGUCGUUCUAGCAAAGAGGGUGCGACAUUUGACGUGAAGGAAGCCAAAAUCAGUGAAAAUUUAGUGUUGGGGUUGAUGUGUUUAUUUUUGAUUUGAUUUGCAAAGUUGAGUGCUUUUAUUUUGUGAACUGAAUCCUUAAAUUAAAUAGGAGUAUAACCGUGAUCGUGUAACAUCGGUAGUUUCCUGGUCCGGCAAAAUAGCUCGCCGUUGACCUACUGGGCUAGAGCAACAACUUGAGAGUGACACAUUGCCCUUUUUGCUGGGUCCACAUAGGAGUAAUAAAAGAAGACAGGAAAGAAUUUGUCGCGUUCGAUAUUUUCCUCUUGUAUUGUGUAGACAGAGCAUUUGUCAUCGGUUCCACGGCAAAAUUGCAUACCUGCUAGACUUGUUAGUCCGGAGACAGAAUGGAGCGUGAGUCGAAUCCAAUGCAGCCGAUGUGUAGAUCAGGUUGUGGAUUCUACGGUAAUCCUGCACAGGACGGAUUAUGUUCAGUAUGUUAUAAGGAUUCGUUAAGAAAAAAGCAGCAACCGCCAGUUAGCAGCACGCCAGUAACUUCCAAUGCGCCACCACCUCAAUCGGCCGCCUCUCCUGCUUCCUCCACCAACAUUGGCACCGUUAUCACAUCGCAGAGCUUUGCCAGCACAGCAGCCGCUGCAGCGGCUUCAGUGUCCGCGGUAGCAAAUGUCACCUCAGUCUCAUCGCUCACAGUAACAAACACCGCACAACCCACAGUCCAAAGUGCGCUCUUUAGUUCCGAAAAUAAGGAUAAAAUCGAUGACGAUAGUGGAGCAAGCUGCAGUGGCGCAUCUAGUAAUCACUCUGAUGCCAGCGACGAUAAAGACGGUGAUAAAGACGGCAAGAAGAAGAAGAAUCGAUGUGUGACUUGCCGCAAAAAAGUAGGACUGACUGGUUUUGAGUGCCGUUGCGGUGGUCUUUUCUGCGCGAUACAUCGAUACAGUGAUAAGCACGAGUGCUCGUUCGACUAUCGAGAGCUCGGGGCGGCGGAAAUUAGACGUAACAAUCCGGUCGUGGUCGGAGAAAAGAUCCAGAAAAUUUGAACACUCGUGCCAUAUAUUAUCUGUCUAAUAUACAUCUAAUUCAAUUUAAUCUUAAUGAGAUAUAAAUAAUAAUAAAAAGGAGAGAAAAGCAAGGUAAACAGCUAAAUCAGACCCACACAGCAAAACAUGCAGAACCCUUAUACAUAUUACUACAAUAAUGAAAAGUUAAUACAAGCAAACAAUUAAUGCUAGUUAUUCUAUAUUUCAUAAAUUUAGUGUAAUUGGAUAUGCUGAAAAAAGAGAUACAUGUGCGUAUAUCAUUUCAAUGCAUGAAAUUCACACCCAAGGAAAACGCUAUUGGAAUAAUGCACACACAAAUGUACAAACCAACCGCGUUAUAACCGCGUAUGUUCAUGCAUCUGUGGGUGUAUUCCAUUGAAAAUGUGUAUAAGGAAACUAUUUGCUGCAAUGUACUAGUUUUGUAUUUUCAACUUUUUGUAUAGAUCCCUCCACUUCCCCUCAUUCUUAUGUAUAAAGUAAACCUCCUCAUCCUUCUACUUCUAAUUUAUCCUGUUUUUUGCAAGCUACAAAAGGUUAGGAUAAAAAUACAAAACGCUAUCACCUACUACUACUACUACCUAGAGAUAAAGCAGAAAAGCGAAAGAAGAAAAAUCAAUGUAGCGAAUAUGUACUUUUUGAUUAGGCGUGGUAGAGAUUAGGUAUUUGCUAUAGUGUUGGAGCGACAAAACUUCUCCAGUCGCGAAAGAAAUACAGAAACAAGCGUGUGCAUGGUAUGUACUAAUAGGUCUAUUAUAGCUAGGAUUCCGGCGAAAGGGGCAGAAAGAAGUUUAAUCCAGUCAUAGAGAACAGCAAGACAAACGUCUGAAGAAAACUAACUACGAAAAGUAACUAAUUGUGUUUCUGGAGGCAGAACACAUACUGAAAAAGUAUAUUUUAGUAACAAAACAAACAUAAAAAAUAAAAAAAAAGUAUAAAUAAAAAUGCAAAAACCACUGGCUGAUUUGGGUGAAACAAGGAGUUUUCACGUGUAUAAAAGAAAGAGAAGAAUGAUAUUUUUCAUUUAUAUUAAUUUCACUUUUAUUAGUACAUCUAGUACAACAAGGUGUUUUAAGAAUAUUGCAGAAACUUAUAAACAAUACUGUGUAAUCGCAGCAAUAUUUCGUAAUAUGGUUUGAAGAUUGUAUUUCAACCUUCUGAAUAUUUGUUAUUCAGCAACUGCAAGAUAUAUAGCGAAAAAAUGUUCUCGUACACGAUGCAAUCAUCACACCUUUCCACGCUGAUUCUAACCUGCUCGAUUAGAACGAGGGUGCCACCGCGUUUGAGAGGGCAGUGGAUUAAUCAUUUUAUUAUUAUUAGUAGCGUCCACUUGUCAGAUAAUUUAGCAAAACGAAGGCAAACGAACGGCUGGAAAAGUGGAAAAUUUCUAGUCUUUGCGGUAUAAACCAUAUUCACUUUGAGCCUUUCUGUUUAGUCUAAUGAACAAAACUGACGUCGGAUUGUAUGUCGGACGAUCGAGCUGGUGACUCUUGUUUUCAUUAAUCCUAAUCAUUAUUCCAAAACGUACAAAAAUAACGUACUGUCAAUUUUAUUGUUCUUUUUUAGAUCAAAAUUACGAAUAUGCAGAAAGUGGUUUCGAUAACUAUUGAUAGAAGUGUCCGCAAAACAUUAACACAUCAAAUGAACUAAAUUAUUUAACGCCUAACGUUUUACUUCGAGGAGUGCCUAGAGAAAACAAGAAAAAAAUGAGAUUUUAGUGCAAUUAUUUUACCUUUUUUUAUUCUCACAUUUGUUGUUUUUCUCUUACAACUCCUGUUAGCGUCAGCCCUUUCAGUCAAUGCAUUGUUCGCUCAUAUGAAUUCCACUGCAACCCUCAACGUUCCAAUGGCAAAAACCCUCGAACGCUUCGGAGAAUUAUCUAAAGCCAAUUCUCAUUGUACAAAUUCAGCAGCAAAAAAGCUAAUCUAACGUCGAUCCUAUCGCAAAAAGUUGUUUAGUGCUUUAGUUAUCUAGAGUGGCGAACAAAUCGCAUGGUUCUAGGAAAGUAUGCGUGAUGUUUUUUUCCCUUUAUUCUGUUUACCUAUUUCAUGUUUUUUUGUUUUUGUAUUCUUUUUGUAAUAGUGCAGUUUGAGGCCUGUUCGUACUUUUCGGUUACUGUUGGUAUGCCUUUUGUUUGCAUAAUUUUUACUGUCUCCUAGGUUAACACUGGAGAGUUUUUUGUAUAGUUGAUUGCCAAUUGAUUUUGCUUUACUAGUGACAAACAGAAGGGGGAAUGUCUCAUAUACACCCUAUAUGUUAUAAAUUGAAACACCCACGCACAUUUUCACUGCGGUGGCACUUUUACAACAGCAAAAAAAUAAUACUUUAUAAAAUUGAAUGAAAAAAUAAUCAAAAAACACGUUUUCUCUUGUUUGUUUUUAGUUAGCUUUAAAUUUCUGGAUGUGGAGUUUAUUCUAAUUAUUGAUAUAUUAUCACCAAGAAGAACGCUUUAAUAGAGCGAAAUAUACUGAAUUCAAUUUGUAAUCUUAUUACAUUCAAACACAAGACAUAAAAACAACACUUCGCUAUUAAAAAUAUAUUUGCUAGAAAAAGAUAUGUGUAUAAAAGUGGCAAAAUGUGAAAACUGCAAAUAUAAUCCCAGCUCUUAACAACUGCAACCUGUAGAGACUUAGCGACAGAUGGCAGGUAAAAUGCUAAACUGACAUGUAGUAGUCUUUUGCGUUUUGUUCUGAAUGAAAAUAAAGUACGUAUCGAAACAGAAAAUGUGACAGCAGUUGAACCGAAAGAAACAAAACUCAAUAAUUAACUUUAAAAUACAGUCCAUUAACUUGUUUGUCCUUUUUCUCAAUGAUAACUGUUUAUUGGGCUACAAUCCAUACAGCGAUCGAGUUCUGUGAUUGGACAGCCAUUAGCCAACGAGGAACAUUUUGCUGGUCACAGUGAUUGUAACUGAAACAGCAGACGCCGAGAGACAAGAGAACACGAAAAAGGGAAGUGAAGAAAAACACAAAAAUACAAAAGCAGAUUAUAUAGCUAUAACUUUCGUUCAAUUACACGAUAAUUGUUUUUAAAUCAAUUGAAUUAAUUCAAGCGAAAAAUAUACCCAUACAAUAUAAAAUAUUGUAA